GCGUAAUUACCCUAAACUUGAAGUUAAGUCGGCGAUAUCAACACAGAGCGGCAUGAAUUGAACUGAAACAGAGAUAUCCUAUAAAACAGAGAGACAGGGCUAGCUAGGUACAGAAUACUGGUAGAUAAACAUAAAAACAAAACCUUUUAUUUCAUCGUUUUGCGUUUUGCGUGAAGAUUAUUAGAGUUGUUGGGUGCGCUUGAUAUGGAGAAUGGGGAGAACAUUCUCGAUGCCAUCUUCCAAGACGAAAACUUGGAGGACGAUGUUGAGAUGAUUGACGUUGAAGAAGGGGAAUUGGUUGAGCUGAACGAUUCCCAAAACGGCGUCGUAGAGGCGGAUAACAAAAAACCGCACAGUAAGAAGCGCAGGCGCAGAGGUAACAAGAGAAAUAAGAAGAAGAAUUCAGGAACAACCGGUGCCAUUGACAUUGACAGGUUUGUGAUAAAUACAUGUCGGCGUCUGAAAGAGAAAAAGUCAUACAUGGUGUAUACAGCUGUUGCUUGCCUUGGAGUUUGUGCAUUGAGUGAUCUCAUCAAUGAGGUGGAGGCUAUACAGGCUUGUGGAGGCCAGAUGACUGUUGAUGGUAGGCGAUUUCGAACAGGGGGUGGUGUAUUGUGGAGUAUCAUUAAGGUUCGCGAACCAAAUGCUUACAAAGAGAUAAUAAAGAAAGCAAAGGAGUUUGAGAAGCAAUUCAGGCAGCCAAAUGUGAAGCAGCCACCUGUGCAAAAGAAAGAGGAUUCUUUUCAAGGGGAUGACACCUCUACAUUUGCUAGCGGUCAUCAGGGCACUGUUUCUGACAAAUCCUUUUCUGCAUUGCAAAUGCAAGAUCGACAACAUAAACCAUCAGGUUCUGAAGAGAAACGUAACUCUGUUCAUGACAGAUUAAGGAUACAUGUUUCUUAUGAUGAUGAUCUGCUUGGAUUAAGUGCAGAUAAUGACACAGCCUGACCCUGGAUGAAAAGAAACCUUCAUCCUGUCACAGUUUUAUUUUUCUUUCAUCAUAGAUUGCAGUCUGCUGAUGCAACUAAUCCUCAUUCUCCCUUUUUCACAUUUUACAUUACAACCUUCUGUCUUCUGUUCUAUCUUUUUGCUCUUUCACCCUUGUUUCUUUUUUCUGUGAAAUAAGUUCACAGAUGGGGCAGUAUUUUCUAUUUGGAUUUUGUUAGGAAGGAUUUUGUCAUGUGUUGAAAGGAGAGGGUAUUUACUAUUGCAUAAGCUUUCUGAUACACUUAAAUGAUAAUAGAAAAUAUUAUAAUGGAAGUUUGUGUUAACUCA